GUUGGUAGGUGUCGGUAGUUCUGCUUUUCUCGUGGGUGAAUUGCGACGGAAUUGUAAUAUUAAGUUUGCUAAUAAGAGUUGAAAAUAUACUCUCGUUUCCAAAAAUGAUUAUUUUUUUUUGCGAAUCGAAGUAUUCCUUUGAUGAAUUUAAAUUGAUGAAGACGUAAAAAUGUAAUUAUUGUGUUGCAUUUAAUUUGGUGGAUACCUUAAACAUGUAAGCGCUGUAAUAAAUUAAAACAUCACUUAAUCCUUUAAAAUUUGAGUUCUUUGAAAUUGAAACAUAUGAUAAAAGGUGUAUGUAUUUGAACUCAUCAUGCGUUUCAACUCUAAAGAAUUAAUUGCAGUUGCUACUCAGCCUUCAUAUAAAUUUGAUAAAGAAGGCAUUUUAUUUGUCAAAGAAAAACAUGACAGUUUAUUUAGAAGAAAUGAUGUAUUUUUACAACGAUGGUGCAGACUUAGGGGGAAUUUAUUAUUUUAUUACAAAACGAAAGACCAAUAUUCUGAACCUUCUGGAGUAUUUGUGUUAGAAGAUUAUCAUGUUCGCUUAGAUGAAAGUUCUGAAGUACCAUAUUGCUUUAGUUUAAUUUUUAAACAUGAUGAAACUGGUCAGCAACUUGGAGCACAUACAGAGAGUGAAAGAGACUCAUGGAUUCAAGCACUGCACAUGGCAAAUUUUGAAUACAUGCAGUCGCAACUUUCUUCUUUACAAGCAAAGUUGAUAGAAAUAAAAGCAAUAAAUGGUAAUGAUUCAACAGUUGUGUCUAGUAAACGCCAAAGAAGUUUUACAACAGGUUCAAGUUAUGAUCCUCAACAAUAUGAGCCUUUUAUGGAAUUGAGUAUAUGCUGUGAUAAUUUAAUGUGUGAUGGAGAUGGUCAACCACCAAAUCCCAUGGUAUGUGUAUCAGUAAAUACCCUUCCGUCUGUGAGAUGGACAAGAUUUGCUCAGACAGAAAUUGUUGAGAAAUCAAGUAACCCUUGUUUCUUUACGACUGUGACCUUUGUUAAAGGAGAAGUAACUGAAGUUACUCGAAUUAAACUUUCUGUCUAUGACGUCAAAGAGCGAGUCACAUGUACCAGUACACUUCUUGGUGAAUCUGUAUUUACGCUUGAAACUCUUUUACAAAGCCAUCAUCGUACAUUACGGUUAACUUUAGUUUCUCCUUCUUGUGCAAGUGUAGGAUUUAUAUCUAUAUCUGCUCGAGAAAUGACUAAUACAAAACAAAGAAAUGCCUGGCUAUUAUUAGCAGAAGAAGAGUCACUGUGGUCAAAGGUAGAACGACCAAGAAGUUACUCUUUGCCUACUAAGCUGACAUCACAACUUGGAAUUCCAGUGCUAGGAUUAUUAAAAACUUUAUCUAAUAAUUUUGUGACCCAGACAUACCGCUUUCACACUGGACUUGGUGCUGAAUUGCAUGUUCAUGAAAUAAUGUCUGAAAGCAAGUUAUCGGUCACGGUACCUUGUAUGCUGCUAGACUUAUGGAUUAACGAAGAGAAGAAGCUGAUGGAAGUAGUUUUUGAGUUGAAUCAACUUCCAAUGGAAUGGCAGCAAAAAUAUUUAGCUGCAACUGAUGGCCAUCUUCGACUCAUUAAUCAUUAUACUGAAGUGGUAGAUUUUUUAUUAAAACAAAAGGGAUCAUCAUUUAAGCCUUCUAACAAGAAGAAAGAUACAAAUUUUGAAUUUGUGCCUGUAAAUCUUCAUGUUCAGAGAAUGUGGGUUCAGAAUGUUACUACACGCAAAACCGGUGUGUAUGACAUCAUUACUGUUGGAGCAUUUUCUGCAUAUUCACGUAAAUUUCGCCAAGGAGGUUUGUUACGGUUACUGAAUCAGCUGAAAAGUUAUUAUCCUUUAUUCAGUGGUGAUAACAGCUGUGCGAUUUUGGGACCCGAUCCAAUCUCCCGUUCCGCUGAAGCUAUCAUGAGAAUAGAGCAACUUCAGGAGGAAAUAGAGUCAGAUCUUCAAAAAAUUAUUGCAUUAUGCGAUCAAAAAUCUAAACCAAAUAUCCAAGCAGUUCUCAAUUCUCUUAGUAGUAAGGGGGAUCAGUUGACAAGAGUUUGUGCUCCUCAUUUGGUGGAAGAAAUUCUCACAGUAUGGGAUACUUUGCGACCAGGCGCAUCGAGUUCUAGUGUAAUUCUUAGCACUACCAUUUCAAACAAUAAUGUUGAAUCUUCCGGAGCACAGCAGGAGCUUUUAAAUAAAGACUCUUCUCAGUCUCCUUCAAAAUAUUCACAAAAGGAGAAAGCAGAUGAAAAUACCAUUGACACAAAAUUGGAAAAGGAAGUUUGUUCUAAUACUGUGAACACUAAUUCUUCCAUAAGUGAUAAAAUAUCUGAAAAAAGCAAAUCUCUUGGCUCACAAAACACCAAUGAAACUUCAAAUCCUAUCAAUAUCUUGGAAGAAAUCGAACCUCUAGAUCUGACACACUUAAACAUCAAAGCUAGCAUAAUGUGUAUGGCAGGUAAAGUGCAAUCAUUUAUUGCGGAAAAUAAAGAAGAAAGUCCUGUGGAACUUGCAGAAAGCUUAGAUAAGUUAUGCAGUUGGACAGAUGAAUUAAUGCCCAGCAUUAAAAAAUUGCGUCAGGCUAUUCAAUGUUUAAAGAAAACAGCUAAAUUGACUUAUAGUAUUGUGUCUUUAAAAGAAUCUACAAAAUGUUUGCCUUUGAGUCAGAAAGUCAGGCAUAGAAGGGAUAUUGUUUUUUCACAAUCUUUAACGAGUUUAGUGACAGGCUUGAUGACUAGAUUAUGGUGUCGCAAUCCGGAUUCAAUGUUCAUUCAUAUGCUGCGUACUGUGGGAGUUCUUUGUCAUUUUGAAGGACUUCUUAGUUGCUAUGGUGAUGAGAUGGGUGCUCUUGAAGAUAUGGUAGUUGGAAUCGAUGACCUUCGUAGAGUUCUUUUUUGGCUAGAACCUUCUUCUGCCUCUUGUAAUCCACAACCCCGUAUUGAAGGUAGUAGAUUGUUUUUGCGUGUCUUCAUCCCUGCACCUCCAUCAGUCAUUGCUUUAUUGCCAGCUGAUUGUCAUAAUGGAUAUCGUUUCACUGUUAGUUCAGUCUUCUUUAACAUUGGAAUCAAUGAACAAGCAACUCUUGCAGAGAAAUUUGGAGAUACGUCUUUGCAAGAUAAAAUAAACCAAGAUAGUCUGAGCUUAUUGAAAGAACACUUUUCGCGGUUUCAAAGAACAGCAAAAGCUCAAAAAGGCCACGGUUUCCACUAUGCUGAAAAUCACAUUGCUGAUUUGUUAGAGCAAUUACAAUCCCAAAUUUUCGCCAAAAGAAGUAAAAAUGUAGAUAUUUUACGUCUUUCUUCAGAGAUAUGUAAAUAUCUCGGUGGCAUCCGAUUUACAAGUUGUAAAAGUGCUAAAGAUCGAACUUCUAUGUCUGUUACAUUGGAACAAGCAAUGGUACUUAUAAAUGAUUUUAAUUUAGACGACAAAGAAAUGCCUCGUGUUCUGGAAUGCAUGAGAAGUGAAGGAACUCGCCGCGAAAACACUUUGAAAAAUACUGGCGUAAGAAAAUAUCAUUUCAACAGUCUUCAGUUAAUGACUCUUCCAAGACUAUAUCGCCCUCCUCCUGGAACAUACGGAAAUGUUGAAUCUUGAUAAAAUUUUAAAUAUAACAAUUUUUUUUCAUGUAUUGAUUAUCAAAAACCUACAAAUGCUGAUGUUAAGAAAUCAAAAUUGUUGUAUAUUUGUUAAACAUUUAACAUACUAACUACCUUUUAAAAUAUUACUGUAAGGCUGGUUCUUAAAAAGAUGUUUUUUAUUAAGAUUUGGAGAAUCUUUUUAUUUGUUUUAGAACGUUUUGUAUUUGUACUUUUAAAUUGGUGCAUUUUUGUAAACAUUUAUUGCAUCACUUUGGUAUUGAAUAUCUUUUAUUAUUUCGUUAAAUAUUGGAAUUAUUUAUUUAGAAUUGCCACUUCCUAUUAAAAAUAGACACAGAAUCUGUCAUUAAUCAUAUUUAUUUUGUGACUGACAACUAUGGGUGUAUUUUAAAGGCUUAAAUUUUAAAUUCUGGAAAAUAAUUAUAGAACCUCUAAUAUUCUUAGUAACAUUUUGGGGGAAUCUUUAUGAAAUUAUCCAUUAAUACCUUAUUUAUAAUUAACUAAGCUUUCAUUAGCACUGGAUAAAAAAUGUAAUAUGCAUUUUUAACUCUGGCAUAAAUCAGAUGUUCAAAAUUCAGAAGCUUUAUAUUUAGAUCUGUGGAUUUUCAAAUUGUCCUUUUUAACGAAAAUAUAGUCUGCUUUGAAUCUCAAUAUUAUGACAUCAGAUUCAGGAUAUUUCAGAAUCGUUGGUGGACAAAUUGUUCAUUUUUUGUUGUUGUUGUGAAAUGAAGUAAAAAAGUAAAACAUUUAAGAAUAAAUAUUAUGAAGUAAUUUCUUCCAGAGUUGUAAAGAGACAGCAUUUGUUCGUAAAUAGUGUUUUUUUGUUUAGAUUUCACACUUGCAGAAAUUUAAAGAAAUAAUAACGAUUUUUUUUUUUUUUUCAUCUUGCUAUCCUUCUAAUGUUGAAGUUAUUACCUUUUCUACCUAAGAAAGUAAGAAAAUUAUAUAAAAUGUAUGUAAUCGUAUUUUUUUUCUGUCAAGAAUUUCAGAAUUAUACAAAAUAAUGAUGAACUGAAUUUUAGAGUUAACUUUCCUAUAUGCUGACAUAUAUAUUUACAUUUUUAUACAUUAUUGAUUUGUAAUACCUCUAUCAUUACUUUUAUUAUAGUAAAAUAUAAUAAAGUUGAAAUGAAAUUCAAUAUAUCUAAUUGAAGAACCUGCUCAUUUUCCAUGUAUUUUUUCAAUAUUUGUAGAGCAUAGAGAAUACUGAAAGUUUUUAUUAUUAGCCAUUCCAAUUUAAAAAGCAUUUCUUUUUUAAGAAUACUGCAAAUACGCAACAUCAAUUAGUAUUAAAGAUCAUAAAAAUGAUUUAGUCAAAAAAAAAUUAUCAAAUGCAAAAAAUGAAUUGUAUUUAUUAUAUAAUUAAAUCUAGUAUAAUACUGAAAUUCUGGGUGACACAAUUUGCCACCUAAAAUACAAUGUUUAAAAGGAAAUAAUUGAUUGAAAGAAUAAUUUUUUUUAAAUUAUGGAAAUUAAGAAUUAUAUAAAUCAUUAAGUAAAAUAAAUGACAUAAAAUACAUAACGAACUUUUUAGAAAGUGCCAAAUAUUAUGAAGAUUAGAAAAUUAUUUAAAAAUGCAGAAUAUAAUGGUGAGCUUUUCCCUCUUAAUAAUUUUAAUGUCAUGUUUAAAAGGCGCAUAUUAAUUUUGGUAGAUUUGCUUAAGUUUUUUUAUAUCCGAGAUAUACCGCAUUUAUCACUCAUGCCAUUCGUAUGUGCCAAAAUUUUUUAAUUAGCAAUAUAUUAUAAAUGUGCCAAACAGAUGAUAUUAAAUAAAUACCGAUGACGUACAGGUUUUAUGAAACUUCAAGACUUGAUAUCUAAAUUUUAUCUCUUAUGCUAUUUAGAGUAUGUGGCAAUUCAUGUAAAUGUUGUAAAUAUUUCCUUGAGACUUUGAUUUUUUUAUUUUUUUUAUGCAUAUAUAAUAUUACAGAAGUGCAAUAGAAACUCAAAAAUAUUGUAAGGUAUAAAUUCCUAAAUAUUACACUUUUGAAAAGACCUUUGUCUUUAUAGAUAAUAAAAUCAUGAGCCAACUUAUUAAAGAUAGGAAUUGCACAUUUUGUCUAUCUGAUUCAGUGUUAUUUACUAUCCAUUUAACUUGGAAAACUAAGCUUUCAGAUUUUACAGAUCUUUAAUUUAAAAAAAAGGAAUUCUAUGUAUAAAAUUUAUUCUUUUUGCGUUUACAAUUAUUUUUUCCAAAUCCUUAUGCUUAAAAAAAAAAGGGUAAUAAUUAUGUACUUAGUUUCUGACAGGCUAUUGUUUUAUAAUG